AUGUCAAGUUUAUCGUUGAUAGUGUUUUCUGUGAAUCUGAACAUGUUAUAUAGCAUUGAGAUCGAUUUCCGGUUAAGUAGUAAUGAUUGUCUAAGCCACCUACAUUAUCUGAGAUACUCCCGUUUAAUCUCAAAGCUGAUCAGAUACAACGCCAAGGACGAGACUAAAGGGAAGAAGAGGAAACAUGACUCUGAUGCUGAGCUAAAAGAAAAUUCUUCAGAUGAAGAUGAAAAGAGACCAAAAGAGAUGAAGAUCAUGAAAAGAGCUAAGAACGUAAAUCUCUGUUUUGUUGCAAGAGAGCUUAAAUCUAUAAGAUCCGACCUGAGUUUCAUCCAAGAAAGUUGUGGGUUGCUUGAAGAAGAGAACAAAAGACUCAGAGAAGGGUUUGUGAAAAGUGUUAGACCUGAAGAAGAUGAUCCGGUGAGGCUGCAAUUAGAGGUGUUGCUUACGGAGAAAGCGAGAUUAGCAAACGAAAACGCGAAUUUGGUUAGAGAGAAUCAGUGUCUGCGCCAGCUGGUUGAGUACCAUCAGAUCACAUCUUCAGAUCUCUUUGCCUCUUAUGAACAAGUCGUCCAAGGUUUAUGCUUAGACUUAUCAUCACCUUUUGCUGAAAUCGAUUAUGAACACGAAGAAGAGGAAACAACAGCUCUCCAUGUCUCAAAAUCCCUCAACGAAAGCUUUGAUAAAGCAGAAGAAGAACAAGAUUGUUAAUUAAUGUCAUUUUUGUGAGAUCAUGUAUGUUUGGUAAAAUCAUAAACUUUUGAGCUAUUUCUUGGUCUCCAAGAUAUAAAGUUGUAGUAUCAUUCCACUAUUUGUUGUAAUAGCU